AUGUCGAACCGCCCACUACCGUCAUCAAGCGUUCUGCUAGGAGAAGUCAAGGCCACUGUCUUGCGCAAGUACAAGAAGAGCGCGUCAGUCUUUCUAGAGGACGCCGCUCUCGAUAUGAUGCUUACCGAACAUCCCGGUGACAUCCAGCGCUACGCCGGAUUCUACAACAUGGUUUACCUCUUCCUCGACCCUUCUCACUGCCAAGAGUCAAAUCGACCGUUUGCGAACCCCCUUCUCACCGAUGAAAUUAAGGCUCGUUUCAUUUGGAACAAGAAGGAGUAUGACUGCGCCGAUUACCUCGUAGACGAUGACGAUGAUCGCCCUGAAUCUAUCGAGGCUGUAGCAAUUCGACAUAUUGAAGGGUCCAUCGGCGCACCCAUCAUUAUCGCUACGGAACAGGUGGCCGCUAUCUCGAAGAAGACGCAGAAGAAGACGUCUGCCAUUCAACCUGGAGAGAAUAUAAAGACACGGCUUCGACGCGUAUACAACGAGCGCACAGAGGCAAAGAAGCUUGACAGCUGGCGUGAGCUGAAGGCUACAGUAGAGGCCACUGCGACAUGCGAUUUACCUGCUCACGUCUCUACUACCCAAUUACACUUCUGGAACGCCGUCUUCUUGGACAUUCUUCCUUGCCUACCAGCGCCCGAACGCGCCGCUCGUCUCCUGGCUCUUAAGAGUCGUGACAUCAUCAAUGAACAGCCCAAACCAUGGUCUGAUAUCUGGCAGACCUACCAGUACGUUCAACUCAUCGACGAGAUUGAAACGACUGGGUGGGACGAGACUCUGCGCGAACUAUCCGAGAACUACCAAGACUUCUCCGAUAAGUUGACAGAUCUCGACUUAGCCACACGCAUGGCCCUGGGACUCUCCGUCGCACUGCCGCCAGUUCGCGCUGAAAGCACGUCGGUGCUAGCCGAGUCCACCGCUUCCAAGUCAUCGACUCCUCACACUCCGGUACUUGAGACUGGCGCUCGUCGACCCAAGCUCCUCCCAAAGUCUCAGACUACGCGGAAGAACUUCGGGGUGGCUUCCUUGGCUGAGAAAGCUCCUAUAGCUCCUGAGGUUGCUUCACCGCCGGCUCUACCUCCAGCGCCAACCGAAACCAACAUAUUUGGGCUUCCUGCAUCGGUGCCAGAGAAGCCUCUUUCAUCGUUUGGUGGCUUCACGUUUUGUAACUCCGCUUCGAGGACUGCCAAUGUCCAUCCUACGUCCGUGCUGCUACAGCCUGCCUCAACUCUACAGCUUCAUGAAACACCGAGGUUCGACUUUGGCUUUGCCAAGAGCACCUUUGACGCACCAACUUCCAUCUAUGUACCGAAACUCAAUGAACACACUGUUUCCGAGGCGGCCGUCGCCACUCAACCGCCCGAGAUACCCAAAUCGUCUUCGGCCGAACACGCACCACAGCCCGCAGUACUGACUGGCAAAGAUACAAAGUCCAUUUCGGCUAUUUUGGGUGCUUGGGCUGUUGGCAAUGAUCAUUCCUCGUCAGAGAGCCCUAUCAUCCUCGCUCAACAUACUGAGCAACCUCCUGAGUCUGGGACCCAAGUAGCUGUUGAAGCGAAGUCAAAAGACCGGAAAUUCUCUCCUCGUUUGACCAAGCUCAUUGAUGGACUCGUCGAGAAGAUUCGAAAAAGGGCUACAAAUGCCGAUAGAGGGCAGACGCUCAGAGACACUACUUCCAGGGAAGAAAAGAAGCCUUCGUGUUUAGACGAUGAGCAAUUCAUCCAAGGCGAACAAACCGCCAGCCUCCCAACAAAGGAAGAUGAUACUCAGUUCCCAACCUAUACCUUUCGAGAUUUCGCAGAGAAAUACGUUCUCGCACGAAGUUCAGAUCUCUCCGUGGACGAAAUCUUCACUAGGCUUGCCAAUUUCUCGAAUGGCCGUGUCUUCGAUAUCAACUGCGUGCUUCUUAAUGUUGACGAGAACGAUGAGAGCAAGCCCGCAACGUUUGAGGAAGCAGUUAGCAUACUCGAGCCGUAUCUAGCAGGUCAGUGGACUCUGGAAAACGCGGAUGGCGAUUCUGCAUCCAGUAUCAGUUCGACUCCCUCGUUGACGCACUCGCUUUUCUCCGAAGCCGAGCUUGCGAUCGAUACCGAAAUGGCAGAGGAGUACAUGCUCGAUGGAUACGGCUGCCCACUUGAGCUAACAGGCAUUCCUCAAAAUGACAAGAAGUUCUUGGACGUGAUACAUACGAAGAUCGUCGCAGAGACCGAACAGUAUGAGUUCGACUGGGCUGAGGUAGAUUGCCUUCUGGGCCCUCAGGACAAGGAAGAUGACGACAACGACUACGCUAUACCUACGGUCGAUGAUGACGGGAAACCCAUCAAGCUUACAUUAGACAUAAACCCCCUUCAAGAGGAUUGGGCCCGAGGCGUAUUCGAGCAGGUCUUCCCAGACUUUGAGGAGGCUGAGGCUAAGCCUCCUGAUGUCGCGCCGCGACUCCGGUUGGAACUUGAUCAGACAUCCUUUUCGAAUAUGUUCGACUUCGAAUUCUUGUCUCAAUCAAUCGAUCUGCCGGAACACACUUCGAACGAGGUGGCGAAGUUGCCAGGUAUGCAACUGGUUGACACUCUCAUGUCCAGUCCCAAUGAGCUGUAUCGACAGGCUGCAGCAGCGGGCACUAGACCGGAAGUGGAGCAGACCAAUCAUCUUUUAGGUAGUUCCCUCGUACUCAAGGAUGCGUUCAUCAAAGCUGUACCGACCAAGGAUCCAGGAGCACCGGAUGGCAUCCGAACUACUAUGUUUCCUCAUUGGAGCUUGGACACGGCUCCACCACCAACGUUCAGUUUGCCUCACCCAGGCUCUCGAAUAUCGACCUCUGACCUCGCAGUAUAUCGCUGGUUGAGGACUCAUCCAAUUGAUAGACCCACGGGUAUUUUCAUGAGCAAGCUGGGCGAGCCCGCGCCGUUUGACUUCAUCAAGCUUUGA